AUGAGCCGCACGCCCAGCGAACCCGCUUCGGCUGGGUUGUCUUCGGUCCAGUACCAGCAGCGCAGCCAGCAACGCCGCCAACUCUUUCCUUCAGCACCCAACGAAGAGGACGCACGCUUGGAGGAGCUCGUAAGAAGUUUUUGGAAGUUAGAGGAAGUGCCUUCACAAGAUUGUAACGGCGAAGAUGAAUGUGAGAAAAUCUUUUUGACCACACACUCCCGCACAAGGGAAGGGCGCUACAUGGUUCAUAUACCAUUUCAUCCUGACGCACCGGCUUUGGGCAACUCAUACGCCCAUGCUUUACGACAAUUUCACCUUCUUGAACGACGACUAGCAGCGAAUUGUGAGCUCAAGAAAAAAUACAUUGCCUUCAUGCGCGAAUACGCGGACCUCGGCCAUAUGGAACCCGUUAGUCACAUUGGAGAUGGGGGGGUCAACUACUACAUCCCUCAUCACGCGGUUCUGGAAAAGUUCCGCGUUGUGUUCAAUGCUUCAGCGCGGACCACGAGCGGCCUCUCACUGAACGACAUCCAGUUGGUGGGAGCCACGAUUCAAGAACCACUUGUAAAUAUCAUCUUUCGUUUUCGGUGUUUUCACGUAGCAUUAACAGCAGACAUCGAGAAAAUGUUCCGUCAAAUUCUGAUAACUCCCGAACAUAGGGAUUUCCAACGCAUUAUUUGGAGAGAAUCACCAGACACUGACCUAGCAGUAUACCGUUUAACUACAGUGACGUAUGGGAUGACUUGUAGCCCGUACAAUGCAGUUCGCGCACUCAAUCAAUGCAGUUAUGAUAACUACAACGUAGUCGCAGAUGGCCAUCAGUCGAUUGUUGCGCGCGAUGCGAUUCUGUCAUCAUUUUAUGCAGAUGAUUUUCUCAUCAGUUGUGACACUGAGGAUAAAGCCUUCGAACUCGCUGUCAAUGUGAGUGCGAUUUUGUCGGCCGAACAGUUCCGUUUACGAAAAUGGAAUUCUAAUAGUGGUGAGGUUGUAAAGCGUUUAAUUAGUAACAAUUCGUCAAUCGUAGAGUUAGCAAGUGAACCAUCGACGGCAACUGUGCUUGGUUUAAGUUGGGACCCAACAACAGAAUUUUGUUCAAAGCGAAUCUAA